GCUCGUCCCGGCUCUGUCACCUCACAGUAGUCGUUGCCGGUGGCGGGCGGGGAGCGCGAGCCGCGUGGGGCUGCGAGCGGGGCAGGACCGCCUCUUCCCCGCCCUCAGGCCGGGCCCGGGCUUGGUCCCCCCCGCGCUCCUUCCGCUCCCCACCCCGGUGGGUCCGGGCAGGUCCGAGCCGCUGCCGGGUGCCAGAGGGGCGUCGUGGCCGCGGCCGCCACGGGUCCCGAUGGAGCCGUCGAACCUCUACCCGGUGAAGCUCUACGUGUACGACCUGUCCAAGGGCCUGGCCCGGCGGCUCAGCCCCAUCAUGCUGGGGAAACAGCUGGAAGGCAUCUGGCACACCUCCAUAGUUGUACACAAGGACGAGUUCUUCUUCGGCAGCGGCGGCAUCUCCAGCUGUCCCCCGGGAGGGACAUUGCUUGGGCCCCCAGACUCUGUGGUUGAUGUGGGGAGCACAGAAGUCACAGAAGAAAUCUUUCUGGAGUACCUGUCCUCCCUGGGGGAGUCUCAGUUCCGAGGUGAGGCCUACAACCUCUUUGAACACAACUGUAACACCUUCAGCAACGAAGUGGCCCAGUUCCUGACCGGGAGGAAGAUCCCCUCGUACAUCACUGACCUUCCCUCUGAAGUUCUCUCCACCCCCUUCGGACAGGCCCUGCGGCCCCUCCUGGACUCCAUCCAGAUCCAGCCUCCCGGAGGGAGCACCAUGGGCCGGCCCAAUGGCCAGAGCUAACAGGACUGCAUGGGACCGCCCUGCCUCCAGGGCUUUUCCUUUUUAAACAAAACAAACCCAACCAGAUUUCUAUUUUAUAAUUUUACACCAGAGCUAACAACCAGGGGACAGCUUUUUACAUUCCCAGGGAAGGAGACCACCAGGCCGCAUGUAGGACAAUGCUGCUAGAAACGGAACAAAAUGCCAUCCCUUUGAAUAGUAUUAUACUAAUUUAUUAAGGC